AUGAACGUAGCCAAUGGUAAAACUGCCACCAAGCCAAUCACAAACGGAGCCUCGAGUACACCGCUCAGUGAAGUGACAUUCAACGGGACCACGAUCGAAUCGACCCAGACCAACCAAUCCAAUCACCAGUUCAGUGGAUUUGGUCUCUCCGAUCAUGCUUGGGGACCACCGCAAUCCGCGUCCCAUCGACGAAGGCGACCGGGUGUGGGUAAAAGUAACCCGGCAAUGCGAACAACCGUCUCCCGUCCUAGUGGUUUCAAUGCAGCUAAAUCCUAUGCCUCAACCGCUUCCACAGAAUCACCUACCAAUACAAACAGUUCUUCCGGUCCACUGCUAGCGAAAAAGCCCGCGAGUAUCGGGUCCCGCUCAGCGAUCUCAUCUUCCUCAGGAUUGGCCACAUCCACCGCAACAAUCACCGGGAGUACCACUGGUGUUACUCCACCGGUCACUACCACCUAUUCCGAUUCCAACAGUGGCACUGUGUUCUCACAGUCGAAAUCAGCUCAACCGAACACUUCGCCCAGUUACACGCUCACUCGUGGNGGUCGUGGUGGACGUUCGCAACAGCCUUAUUUGCUAAGCACUCCACCCUCUCACGCCCCAUGCGGGAAUCCGAUGGACUACGCGAAUUCAAACACCACGCUAUCCUACGCACAGUCCCCGCCAUCCAACACCACCGGGCUGACCGAGUACGCGAAAACGCUUCCGCCCGCUCCGGGAGGUGGUGGUGGUGGUGCCCUUAUGCGAGACCGAUCACAUUUGGUUUGGGAAUCCGAAAUGGAAAGGGAAGCAAUUCAGUCCGUGCUAUCAGCAAUCCCCGCACCUCAGGUGAGUUGGGCUCCAAUAUACGAUGUGGUGGUGGCACUACUGAUUGACUCCAUUCUGUCAAUACUCAAGUGGUACGCCUGUCGUUUCUAUUCAUAUUCAGUAGAUGUGUGGUCGAUCAUACGGGUUGUGAACAGGUAG